AAAGACUCUUAUAUUGGCGACUCUUGUCAACGCGCAUGCGUUGUGACGGAAUCGGCGCGACAUGGCGGUUCUAUUGGAAACAACAUUGGGUGAUAUUGUGAUUGAUUUAUACACAGAAGAGAGACCCAAAGCCUCUCUGAACUUCCUGAAACUCUGCAAAAUCAAAUACUACAACUAUUGUCUCAUUCAUAAUGUUCAGAGAGACUUCAUCGUUCAGACGGGUGACCCCACUGGAACGGGGCGCGGAGGAGAGUCUGUGUUCAGUAAGCUGUACGGGGAUCAGGCACGCUUCUUUGAAUCGGAGAAGAUGCCGAGGAUCAAGCACAGGAAGAAAGGAACCGUGUCUAUGGUGAAUAACGGCAGCGACCAGCACGGCUCUCAGUUUCUGAUCACCACGGGUGAGAAUGUGGAUUAUCUAAACGGCAUUCACACUGUGUUUGGAGAGGUCACAGAGGGCAUGGACGUGCUGGCUAAAAUCAACGAGGCCUUUGUCGACAACGACUUCAUCCCCUUUCAAGACAUCAGGAUUACUCACACGGUGAUUCUGGACGAUCCGUUUGAUGAUCCAGCGGGUCUGCCGGUUCCAGACCGCUCUCCAGAACCCACCAAACAGCAGCUGGAUAGCGGUCGCAUCGGAGCAGAAGAGGUCAUAAAUGACGAUGACGGGAGAGAUGCAGAGGAACUGGACGAACUGAUCAAAGAGAAAGAAGCAAAGACACAAGCCAUUUUACUGGAGAUGGUGGGGGAUCUGCCAGACGCAGAAAUUAAACCUCCAGAGAACGUGCUGUUUGUGUGUAAACUCAACCCCGUCACCACAGAUGACGAUCUGGAAAUCAUCUUCUCACGCUUCGGCUCUAUUAAAUGUUGUGAGAUCAUCAGAGACUGGAAGACAGGCGAAUCACUGUGUUACGCUUUCAUCGAGUUUGAAAAGGAGGAGGACUGCGAGAAAGCCUUCUUUAAGAUGGAUAAUGUCCUGAUAGAUGAUCGUCGAAUUCACGUGGACUUCAGUCAGUCGGUGUCGAAGAUCAAAUGGAAAGGGAAAGGUGGGAAGUAUACCAAAGAUGACUUUAAGGCGUAUGAGAAAGAAUUGGACAACAAAUCCAAACUGGCUUUAAAAGACAAAGUGAAAAGCAAGCAAGAUUCGCGUUAUGAGCUUCUGUUAGAUGAAGAUGAGGACGAGAGCAGAGACGACAGAGACAAACGCGACAGAAAACGUCAAUCAGACAGCGAGAGGACAAAGGACAAGACAUCAAAGGACCUCGUGGAGAGUCGAAGAGACCGAGAUAAAGGCCGACAGCGUUCUCGAUCCAGAGACAGACAUAAUGAGAGAGAGAGAGGCGGAGACAAACACAGAGACAGAGGAAGAGAGAGAGACAGUGAACACAAACACUACAAAGAGAAGAGCCGCAGACGAGAGCGCAGCCGCAGCCCCAGGAGAUCAAAGUAUUAGAAGAGAGAUGUGAGGAGUGUAAAGACAGAGUGAGCACGGCCGCUCCAUGAAUUCAUGUGGUUCAGCUCUGAAACAUGUUAUUGUACCAGAAAACAUCACUUGUUGUGUGUCACAAAAUUUGCAGUCCGUCAUUAAACGUUUGUAAAUCA